AUGUGCGCGGAAUCCGCAGUCCAAAUUCUCAACAUCCUCGACAGAUUGAGAAGCCAGGGUUUGCUUGAAACGUUCCUCCCCUUGGAUCUUGACUCUCUCUUCGUAUCAACGGUCGCCCUCCUCGUCGCCCGCGGUGUCGACUCGCGCUUGAUAGAGAGCCAGUCGCCUUGGCUUGAGAAGUCCAACGCCAUUCUCGAGGAAAUGGUUGCCGGCGGAAAUCUCAUCGCCGCGUUCCGCAAGAAUGAGAUGCAGAAGCUGGAGGAGAUGCUUGCGGAGUUCGAGGCCAGCCGGCCUCGCGCAUCGGGUGAAUCUAUUGCUGCCCCCAUAGGGAUGUCGUGGCAGCAGGCGGAUACGACUCUUCAGGCGUCGGCGCGGGGAGAGGUGCAAGAGCCCAUUGGCCAGGACAACUUGCCGGUUUGCAGGGAGUUCACCACAGACAGCAGUAGCCAGGCGGAGGACCUAACUACCCAGCAGAUCAUCGAUGUAGUCAACUCGAUGGAGUGGGAAGACAAUGAGUGGAUGUCUUUCACAACCAUUCAAGACGAAGUUUAA